UGCUGUUCUCUUGCAGAUUACAGAAGAAAAGUCUAAACAUCCUUCGAGCAGCGUGUUAUUAAAUGUUUGUUUAUUUGUGGAUGACAGACAUUUUACCAAAAAUCGGACUGAGUGUAUUACCGAAAUUGUUUUAGUUUUUACGUUUUUUUUCUGAAUGCAACACUUUUAUCACACGUAUUCUGGAGCAACUAUAUGCAUGAUCGCUGAUAUUUUAUAAACGAGAAGCUGCUCUUUUUAUUAAAGGUUGUUGCAUAUAUUUUGGCUUCUUCGGUAUGGCCACUCUGACGAGGCAGGACCUUAAUUUUGGCCAAGUUGCUGCUGACAUUCUGUGUGAGUUUUUGGAAGUGGCCAUUCACCUCAUCCUAUAUGUCAGAGAGAUUUAUCCAUCUGGUAUUUUUCAGAAAAGGAAGAAAUACAGCGUUCCUGUGCAGGAUUUUCCAUGGAUUGUAGCAGAUGAGCAGGAUGUUCACAUGGAAGAGGCAAAACUCAUUCCCCUAAAAACGAUGACUUCUGAUAUUCUCAAGAUGCAGCUCUAUGUAGAAGAAAGAACACAGAAAACUUGAUGCUCUGCAAACACAUGAAAGCAGCUGCAGGUGUUUACCAAAGGAAGCAGGAACUUUUAUUAAGUUAA